GAUUUCUGAUGAAACUAGAUUGGAAUAAUUUUCAUGAUCUUUGUGUAUAUAUAUAUAUAUAUAUUUAAAAAUUUUGCAUUUGAUUUAAAGUGCCAUGAGAAAAUUUGCAUACUGCAAGGUGGUCUUGGCCACCUCCUUGAUUUGGGUACUCUUGGAUAUGUUCCUGCUGCUUUCCUUCAGUGAAUGCAACAAAUGUGAUGAGAAAAAGGAGAGAGAACUUUCUGCUGGAGAUGUUCUGGAGGCAGUACAAAAGCCUCAUGAAGGUCCUGGAGAAAUGGGGAAGCCAGUCGUCAUUCCUAAGGAAGACCAAGAGAAAAUGAAAGAAAUGUUUAAAAUAAAUCAGCAGUUCAAUUUAAUGGCAAGUGAGAUGAUUGCACUCAACAGAUCUCUACCAGAUGUUGGACUAGAAGGGUGUAAAACAAAAGUGUAUCCAGAUAAUCUUCCUACAACAAGUGUGGUGAUUGUUUUCCACAAUGAGGCUUGGAGCACACUUCUACGAACUGCUCAUAGUGUCAUUAAUCGCUCACCAAGACACAUGAUAGAAGAAAUUGUUCUAGUAGAUGAUGCCAGUGAAAGAGAUUUUUUGAAAAGACCCCUAGAGAGUUAUGUGAAAAAAUUAAAAGUUCCAGUUCAUGUAAUUCGAAUGGAACAGCGUUCUGGACUGAUCAGAGCUAGAUUAAAAGGAGCUGCUGUGUCGAAAGGCCAAGUGAUCACCUUUUUGGAUGCUCACGGUGAGUGCACAGUGGGGUGGCUGGAGCCCCUCUUAGCCAGGAUCAAACAUGACAGGAGAACAGUGGUCUGUCCUGUCAUUGAUGUGAUCAGUGAUGGUACUUUCGAGUCCAUGGCAGGCUCUGAUGUGACCUAGGGUAGGUUCAACUGGAAGCUCAAUUUCCGCUGGUAUCCUGUUCCCCAGAGAGAAAUGGAUAGAAGGAAAGGCGAUGGAACACUCUCUGUCAGAACACCUACAAUGGCAGGAGGCCUUUUUUCAAUAGACAGAGAUUACUUCCAGGAAAUUGGGACAUAUGAUGUUGGCAUGGAUAUUUGGGGAGGAGAAAACCUAGAAAUUUCCUUUAGGAUGUGGCAGUGUGGAGGAACUUUGGAAAUUGUUACACGCUCACACGUUGGACAUGUGUUUCGGAAAGCUAUGCCUUACACGUUUCCAGGAGGCACAGGGCAGAUUAUCAAUAAAAAUAACAGAUGGCUUGCAGAAGUAUGGAUGGAUGAAUUCAAGAAUUUUUUCUAUAUUAUCUCUCCAGGUGUUACAAAGGUAGAUUAUGGAGAUAGAUCGUCGAGACUUGGUCUAGGACACAAACUACAAUGCAAACCUUUCUCAUGGUACCUAGAGAAUAUUUAUCCUGAUUCUCAGAUUCCACGUCACUAUUUCUCCUUGGGAGAGAUUCGAAAUGUGGAAACAAGUCUUGAUAGCAUGGCUAGAAAAGAAAAUGAAAAAGCUGGAAUUUUUAAUUGUCACGGUAUGGGAGGUAAUCAGGUUUUCUCUUAUACAGCCAACAAAGAAAUUAGAACAAAUGACCAUUGCUUGGAUGUUUCCAAACUUAAUGGCCCAGUCACAAUGCUCAAAUGCCACCACCUAAAAGGCAACCAGCUCUGGGAAUAUGACCCAGUGAAAUUAACCCUACAGCAUGUGAACAGUAAUCAGUGCCUGGACAAAGCCACAGAGGUGCCCAGCAUUAGAGACUGCAGUGGAAGCCGGUCCCAGCAGUGGCUUCUUCGAAACGUCACGCUUCCAGAAAUAUUCUGAGACCAAAUUUACAGGAAAAGAAAAAAUAAUGAUUGACUGGGCUACCUCAGCAUACAUUUCUGCAACACUCUAAGUAGCAAAAAAGGAAAAGUGCUUUCCUCCUCAGCAGGAUGUAAGGUUUAUCAGCCAUUAAAACUCAGACUCUUCUAGCUUUUCACUAGCUGUGAACCAGCCUUCCUGCCCAAGGACGUGAGACUGUGCACACUGACGUUUACAAGAUUGAACGUCUUUCAUCAAGAAUCAUGGUAAAUAAUAGGCAGUGAAACAAUCAAUAAAAUGUGCUUUCUAGAGAGCUACAUCUUUAUGGUUUGCUUGCAUAUCAGUAAUUUCUACUGAACGUGCUGUCAGAAUGAAGAGAUUUCCAAGGUUUUUUUUUUUUUUCCGGAUUAGAGCUGGUUGCCAAUAUAUUAAACAUUGAUAUAAAAAUAAAUGAAAAAGAACUG